AUGGAUAAGAAUAAAGUGCUGCUUGAUCUAUUCGAUGCAUGGGAGAAAAGAGAAAAAAGUGAAAGUGACUACUACACAGACCUGCCCAGCGAAAUUCAAGAUAUUGAAGAUCAGCGGCUAAAGCGAGUUUACAUUCUUUUUUACUACGUACUAUCAGGUAAAUUAUCAAUUAAGCAAAGUAUGUUUAAGAUUAAGAAGUUAAUACAGCUUAGGGCAAAGAGCACAGAAGAACUGCCUGCAAGCAACUGGACAUGCUCUAAGGAGGGCGUAAUAAAUCCUGUUGAAAUAGCCAGAGCUACUUCUAUAGAAAUAAGAGCAUGCUUGAAAAAUAGAAUAUCAAUUAAAGAUGCAAUUAGCAUUAAGAAUCUUGGAAUGUACAUUAUUAAGUAUAACGAAAUACCCAACACAACAAACAGUUUAUUGAGGUUCGCAAUAAUAAAUAACCUGCGAGCAAGUAUGAUCAUGUAUCAUGCAUGGAAUCGGGUGGAUGAGAUUGUUCUUACUGCUCCUAUGUGCCGUGCUAUAUAUAGACUUGGCUGGCUUAAAAAUCUUAAUGCCCCAAAUUUAAACAUGAUACAUGAAUGGUCUAAGAAAAAGAACGUGAACAGUCUUAAGAUGCAGCAGAGUAUAGAAAACAUGUUUCCAUUUAGUCUUUGGGGAAAAGUCCCCCCGGCCUUUGAUCAUCAUGGGACAGUAAUAUGCAAGCGAAUUCCGCUCUGUGACAAAUGUAUACUUAAAGACACAUGUCCAUCCAGUCGAGUACCCAAGAAAGUAAAUACGUAUAUGGGCACACUGCAGAAACAAGGAUAUUUUCUUGAGCACAAAGCAGAUAAUUGUAAAUUUAAUGAAGAAAAAGACGAGAAAGAAGAGAAAGAACUAUUAUCGUAUGAAGACACUGAGGAAGAGGACAUGUCAGAUAUUUAG